UAUCAUGUUAGAAGAAGCACUGACUAUAAGGCAGAAGUAUCAUAUAAAGACAAGAGAUGUGAAGUGGUACUCAAUGAGAGAAAAUGCACAUGCAGAAGAUGGCAAGUAUCAGGUAUACCAUGUAUGAAUGCCCUUGCUUUUAUCCAUUCCAUUAGAGGAGCAAAGUGGGAAGAUUAUGUUGAUGAUUAUUUCUCAGUAGACAAAUAUAAAGCAACCUAUCAAAUGGAGGUUGCACCUAUGCCUGAUAUGAAUGAAUGGGUCAUUACUGGUGAUGGUGAGUCUUUACUACCACCUAUCUCAAGGAGGCCAGCUGGUAGGCCUAGGAAAAAUAGGAUCAAAGGUUUUGAUGAGGUCAAGAAAGGUAGGCACAAAUGCAAAAUGUGUGGAUCAUUUGGUCAUCAUGCAAAAAAAUGUAAAGAGCCAGAGAAAGAAAGUGAUCCUUCAAUGCAAUCUAUGGCUUCAUCAUCUAAUGUUCAACAAGCCUACAGGGGAAGAUCAAGAUCAAGGGAAGGAUACAAUGUUUAUGUGCCACCAACAGUAAAAAAAAAGUGGGAGGCCUAAGAAAAUUAGAAGGGAGAAUCAAAACCAAUGAGUUGGAUGCUCCACAAUUGAUACUUAAAC